CCCCACCUUCUGUGACAUCAGAACCCAUUGCUGCGGGGAUGCCUGGUGACCAGAGGCCGGGGGAGGGGCGGGGAGGGUACCAAUUUGCCUGUCCAGUGGGGAUCUGGCCAGGCGGCCUGACCUGAGGCCAUGGUGAUCCAGCAGGUGGGCAGCAGGGGGCAAGUGGCAGCUGAGAGAAGGAGCAGUCGCAGCGAGGACAAGAAGCAGACGCUGUUGGCGUUGCUGAUCUUAGUGCUGUAUGUGGGCACAGGGAUCUCAGGAAGAAGCUGGGAGGUGUCAGAAAGAAUCAGAGAAUGUAACUACCCGCAGAAUCCUAUGACUUCCCAGGCGUUCGAAUAUCAGACCCAUGACCCCUCGGAAGAGCCAAUCAAGGUCAUCCAGACCUGGCUGAAGGAGAACUUGCAUGUGUUCUUGGAGAAGCUAGAGAAAGAGGUGCGAGAGCUGGAGCAGCUGGUGCAGGACCUGGAGGACUGGCUGGAUGCGCUUCUGGGAGAGGGGCACCGGGAGGAGCCCUGCUCCACCCUCAGAAGUCACUUGUGA